UAGGCUACGCGCCCCAGCAUUUUUUUUUAUUCCAAAACUACCCAUCGGUAAAUGAUUUGCCGAUGUCAAAAUAACAAUCGGUAAAUGAUUUACCGUUAUUGUUCCUCAGUAUGAACACCUUUAUCCCAUUACCCAGAACACGAAGAACAAUAUCGGUUAAUCAUUAACCGAUUCUUAUAUUGAUAUCGGUAUAUCAUUUACCGAUUGGUAAUCUGGCAGUUUGAUCACCUUUUCACCAUUACUCCUCCCUCCACCAACCCCUCCACCAUUACUCCUCCCUCCAACAACCCCCCACCAGCCCCCCAUAACUCGCCCAAACUACCUUAUUCUACCAUUACUCCACUCCUCCCUCACAUUUCACCUUCCCACCACCACCACCAUCUCCACAUUUCCACCACCACCACCACCACCACCAAGGGAAAGCUUUUAACUUCUGGUAAGUGGUGUUAGCUUUGGUACUUUAUUUAUAGUUAGUUUAAGUAGUUAGUUGUUAGUUUAAGUAGUUAGUUUAGUUAGUUAAGUUGGUAAUUUAGGCUGCUGAAUCGUGAAUCGAAUCGGUAAAUGAAUUGCCGUUAAUGUAUCGGAUUAUGAUUUACCGUUAUUAUACCGGAAUUUGAUUUACCGUUAUAGGGUCGGUUAUUGAUUUACCGUUUUUGUUCCAGGGAUGACAGAGUCCUUUUUCUUUGGUGAAUCACAAUUGAUACAUGCUGCUGGAUUGGAAAAUGAUAAUCCAGAGGAGCAACCAUCACUAGCUGAACCUCCGAUUAUAUCUAUAGAUGUCUCUCAUUUGUAUCAUACUGAUCAGCGUUUCCCUUUGAAAGAUGAUCUUAUGAAAUGGGUUCGCGACAUUUCUAUGGCAAAUAAUUUUGUUUUGGUGACAACAAAGUCUGAUAGUGGUGCGAAGGGAAGAAAAGAAUAUGUCAUUCUGGGGUGUGAGAAGCAUGGUGCGUAUAUUCCCUACAGAGAACCGGAUCUUGUUGAAGGAACGUCAACACAAAAGACAGGUUGUCCUUUUAGGCUAAAAGGACGACGUACGAAAGAUGAUAAAGGUUGGUGGUUGAAGGUGAUGGACGGUAGACACAUCCAUCUCGCAGCUGAGUCACUAGUUGGCCACAAUUACGCUGGUAGACUGAAUAGUGAGGCGAAGGAGGACGUGAUAAAUCAGGCUAAGACUUGGGUUCCACCUAGAAAGAUGUUGGCGUCCUUGAAGGAAAAAGAUCCUUCAAACUUGACUACCAUCCAACAAAUUUAUGGUGUUUGCAAGCGGUUCAGACAAUCCGUUCGUGGGUCACUGACAGAGAUACAAUACUUGCUGAAGAAGUUGGACGGUGAGAAGUAUGUUCACUUCGAACGAAAUGAACCCGGAUCGGAAGUGAUUAGAGAUAUAUUUUGGGCUCAUCCGAAUGCCGUCAAACUUUUCAACACAUUCCCAUAUGUAGUGAUCAUGGAUUGCACAUACAAGACCAGCAAAUACAAACUACCCUUGCUCGAGAUUGUUGGCCUGACCUCCACGGAUAAAACAUACUCAAUAGCAUUCUGUUACAUUGGCAGUGAGACCACAGAGGACUACAUUUGGGCAUUGGAGUGUAUGAAGUCUCUGAUUUCCGACCAAUCCAGGUUGCCUAGAGUGAUUACCCCUUUCUACACAAAUAUUAGGGGAUUUGUGUCAAUCAAAUGCCUGAAACUCAUUGAUGCUGAACUGACAAGAAUGCGAGCCUGCGGCGGCAGAUGCGAUUGCUUAUUGAGAAAGACUCAUGGACUACCUUGCGGUUGUCAACUUGCAGAUUAUGAGAGGAUUCCGUACGAGGCCAUUCAUCCAUUCUGGAAGAGCCUAAGUUGGGAGCAUGUACCUGUUGCAGAUACUGGCAGCUCAGAUAUUUGCGGACUAAACCAUGGAGAGAUGCACCCAGAAGUUGAGGCACUGACACGUUAUUUCCAUUCUUUGGAUACUGGAGGGCAGAGUAUGGUAAGGAGGAAGCUUCAAGCGAUAUAUUGUCCUGAAAGGAGUACACUAUGUACUCCUGAGCUUCGGAUAAAGUCCAACCGCACUCCUAAGUUGAAAUAGAGCAAACAACCCAAGGGUCGAGCAAUAGGAUCCUUGACUCGUGAUCCUUCAGCGUUUGAACUUACAGACAAGAAGAUUAAAGAGGAAAAGAAGUCUUCACAACCAGCAAAGAGGAAGAAGCGUGUGAAGAAGUCUGAUACAAGCCAUUUCAUGUGUAACUUUCCAGCCUUUCUCCAUCCAUAUAUUGGCACAAUUACAGAUGUUGAGGAUGAUGGUAACUGUGGC